AACCCAUGGAGUUGAAAACACAGCACCCAGGGCCGUUCUCAACUGCUCAAGCCCUCUCCUCUCUCUCUCUCUCUCCUGUUUCCCUGCAUCAGCAGGAAUGGCGAUGAUGUCCUUCUUCUCAAGAAGCAAGCUGCUUUCGCAUCUCCAUCCACAGCAAGGGAGUACAGGAGCGAAUCCGCCGUCGUCUCUUCACUCGCGGGCCCUCCACAUUGAGCUUGGUGCUCGCGAGAAAGCUCUUUUACAAGAAGAUCCUGCAUUGAAGAGGUUCAAGUCACAUAAGAGAAAUGUGUGGCGAUUGAAAAGGCUUGGAGAUGCUCUCACAAUUGUUGUUGUUGCAGGCUGUUGCUGGGAGAUAUACGUCAGGGCUGAGAUGAAGAAGGCAGCUCGCGAGAAAGAGCAGACUCAUGAUGGCUAAUGAUGCUUGUUCUUUGCGAGCCUAUCAAGUUCGUUUGCUGUUGGUGUGUCUGUGUACUGCUAAUAAAAGUAAUACCCUGCUACAAAACAGUUUUUGAAGUCAUAUAGGCACCCCAGACCUGUCUGUGGCAGACAUGUUCUAUAUGGAGCUUGACUUACGGUACUGUGUAUGUCUAUUGCUACUACAUUUCACCUUGUUGCGUCAAUAAUACUUUGUGAAACCAUCGUCCCUUCUUUGUCUCUGCAACUUAAAGAGUCUUUUUUUUUUAAUGUUUCUAGUUUAAAUCUUGUCAAACAUGUGCGGGUGCUUCAGAUCUACUUUCUAUUGCGGAAAAGAGUAAAAUCUCUAUAUACAAGUUGAAAAUUUA